CAAAACGUCUAGGUGACUUUUUGUUCAUUGAUUCCAAAGACACAAUCAGCCCCCGCUAUUUAGUGGAUACUAAGCUCUGAGGCUACAUGGAAGAACCACGCAGGCACUCUUCCUGCCUUCAACAGCUUACAGUUAAGUUUAGGUAGCAAACAUUUGAAACAUAACGAAGCUUUUGGUUACUUAAAAGAAUUCUAUGGUGUUAGGGGGUAACACAAACCUGUUUUGUAAACCUGUAUCUUUAUACAGGGAAUAUGCUUAAUCUUGCUACAGUAUACAGGAAUGUGGGAAUGUUUCUUCCUCUGGGCUGCCUUUCGUACCACCUGGCUGGAUGGAACACCUGUUCACUCCACUUUCCACUUGGGCUACAAACCUGAAAUGAAAUCUUUGCAACCAGUACAGCCUGCGCGGGGCGGGGCCCAGUCCUUCCCCCUUCGGAUGCGCAGAAGCAGAGGUCACCACGCUGGACCCCUCGAUUUCCUCGCGGGCGGUUCCCGGCUCCUUCACCACCCCAGCGCUUCAAGACCCCCGCCCUUUGGCCUGAGGCUCCCACUGCCCUAGCCAGUUCCCGGGCUCACUUCCAGCUUUUCCAGAAAGCUUGGCCACGCCCCUCGGCCCAGACUCUCAGGCCACUCGGCCGCAAUUAACCCUCGUCUCGGUGCCUUUUUAGGCCCCUCCCUCUCAGUCGUGCCCUUCCCAUGUCUUAGGCCCCGUCUCACCCUUUCGGAUGCCUCCCCUAGGACCUUACCACUUUCCACCCCUUUCCGUCUGUUAUUUGUCCCCAACUUGCGCCCGCACAGGCCCCUCUGGAACGCCCCUGCCGCGUGAGUGCCCCUCGUCCCCGCUCAGGGGAGGAAAAGCCUGCGUGCCGCGCAUUUCUGGCCUGGGGAGCGGGUGGAGUAAACCUGCGGGAACCAUUUUACGACAACGUGCGGCUGUGCGGCGUGGCUGACGGCAAAGCCGCGCUGCUGUUGGAGAGGUCACUCCGGAGACGGCGUUGGUGUUGGGGUGUGGGGGGUUGGUGGCACUAUGUGGCGCGUCUGUGCGCGACGGGCCCAGAAUGUAGCCCCAUGGGCGGGACUCGAGGCUCGGUGGACGGCCUUGCAGGAGGUACCCGGAACUCCACGAGUGUCCUCGCGAUUUGGCCCGGCUCCGGCUCGUCGCAACAGCGCGACUACAGGGUAUGGAGGGGUCCGGGCACUGUGCGGCUGGACCCCCAGCUCUGGGGCCACGCCGCGGAACCGCCUACUGCUGCAGCUUUUGGGGUCGCCCGGCCGCCGCUGUUACAGUCUUCCCCCGCAUCAGAAGGUUCCAUUGCCUUCUCUUUCCCCCACAAUGCAGGCAGGCACUAUAGCCCGUUGGGAAAAAAAAGAGGGGGACAAAAUCAACGAAGGUGACCUAAUUGCAGAAGUUGAAACUGAUAAAGCCACUGUUGGAUUUGAGAGCCUGGAGGAGUGUUAUAUGGCAAAGAUACUUGUUGCUGAAGGUACCAGGGAUGUUCCCAUUGGAGCGAUCAUCUGUAUCACAGUUGGCAAGCCUGAAGAUAUUGAGGCUUUUAAAAAUUAUACAUUGGAUUCCUCGCCAGCACCUACCCCACAGGCGGCCCCAGCACCAACCCCUGCUGCCACUGCUUCGCCACCUAUACCUUCUGCUCAGGCUCCUGGUAGCUCAUAUCCCCCUCACAUGCAGGUGGCCACUGUUCCUCCAACUCCUCAGCCUUUAGCUCCUACACCUUCAGCACCCUGCCCUGCUACUCCUGCUGGACCAAAGGGAAGGGUGUUUGUUAGCCCUCUUGCAAAGAAGUUGGCAGUAGAGAAAGGGAUUGAUCUUACACAAGUAAAAGGGACAGGACCAGAUGGUAGAAUCACCAAGAAGGAUAUUGACUCUUUUGUGCCUAGUAAAGCUGCUCCUGCUCCAGCAGCUGUUGUGCCUCCCACAGGUCCUGGAAUGGCACCAGUUCCUACAGGUGUCUUCACAGAUAUCCCAAUUAGCAACAUUCGUCGGGUUAUUGCACAGCGAUUAAUGCAAUCAAAGCAAACCAUACCUCAUUAUUACCUUUCUAUAGAUGUAAAUAUGGGAGAAGUUUUGUUGGUACGGAAAGAACUUAAUAAGAUUUUAGAAGGGAGAAGCAAAAUUUCUGUCAAUGACUUCAUCAUAAAAGCUUCAGCUUUGGCAUGUUUAAAAGUUCCCGAAGCAAAUUCUUCUUGGAUGGACACAGUUAUAAGACAAAAUCAUGUUGUUGAUGUCAGUGUUGCAGUCAGUACUCCUGCAGGACUCAUCACACCUAUUGUGUUUAAUGCACAUAUAAAAGGACUGGAAACCAUUGCCAAUGAUGUUGUUUCUUUAGCAGCCAAAGCAAGAGAGGGUAAACUACAGCCACACGAAUUCCAGGGUGGCACUUUUACGAUCUCCAAUUUAGGAAUGUUUGGAAUUAAGAAUUUCUCUGCUAUUAUUAACCCACCUCAAGCAUGUAUUUUGGCAAUUGGUGCUUCAGAGGAUAAACUGGUUCCAGCAGAUAAUGAAAAAGGGUUUGAUGUGGCUAGCAUGAUGUCUGUUACACUCAGUUGUGAUCACCGGGUGGUGGAUGGAGCAGUUGGAGCCCAGUGGCUUGCUGAGUUUAGAAAGUACCUUGAAAAACCUGUCACCAUGUUGUUGUAACUAACUCAAGAAUUUCUAAACUCUCCCAGGUCACAGUGAUUCAUUCUUAUCAAGAUAUUUAUGUUAUUAAACAGGUGGUUCUUUUUAUUUUAACCAGUUAUUUUUAUUAUUGAGUCUGUCCAGAUAAGCUAUUUAUAAUGGGCAUUACUGAAUUUUUAAAAUGCCGAUUACACCCAAAUAUUGUUCACAUUUAAUAAUCCGACACCAGAUUUUUAGCUCUGUACUCCUAAUUAAGGGACAUGUGGCCUUGCCUAGCCCUCUGGUGAUAAGUACUUCCACUAGGAAAUGUAGAAUAGGUAGAACCUAAAGAAAGGGACAUAAAGGUAACCCGGAUGGAACCUUGAAAUUCUGAAAUUUAAUCACCUAAAAUGUUCUCCUUAGAUGUGAGAGAAGGAGAAAUCAGGAAAAUUAAUUCUCGUGGGGGAAGGGCUUGAAUUGAAGCUUUACUUUAGAAUUUAACCCUGGUUUGAAAUUUUCCAUUACAUGAUCUUGGUUUACCAUCGAUGGGAAGGGUAGAAAACUUCAAGGAAAAUAAGUGAAAUUUUCAAAGUCAACAUUUUCUUAGACCUUUUCAGCUGAUUGUUUAUUUUUCUAUGAAUCCCUAUACAUGGUUGUUUCCCCUCCUCUUGAGAUAAUCUAAAUAUAAACCAGCUACUUGAUAUAAAUGAGAAUUUGUGUGGAUAUUUAUUUAAACAAAUGUGUAAUUUUGAGUACAGAAUUCAACAGUUACCUCCAAAAGAGAAACAUUCUUAAUAGAAUUUAACAGAAGUUGUGAAACUAAAAUUUUCCAAGAUUAACUGGUAGUUCAUUGUAAAUGAACCUAAUGAACAGAAUUUAUUACUUCACUGUGGAAAAUACUAUCAAAUAACUGAGGAAUAGAUAUGGAAUAAGUGUACAUAUGUAAAAUAUGGUUACUAGAGUUAGAUAUGUGCCAAAGUUCAUUUAUCCCAAAUCCUGUCUGAAAAGAAGAGGAGGGGUACAUUAGUAAACAUUUUGGAGUGCUUAAAAAUGCCAAAAACAAAAUGGUAGUUUCUACUUGGAUAAAGUAAAGAAGUUAAAUGUGUGUAAAAGAGUGUUCUGUGUCCCUCUACUCCAGCAUCGUCCCAUGUAAAAUAAGAAAGCCCUAAAAUACUGUUGGAGAGAAAAAAUUAACUAGGUUGCUACCUUAUUAGCCUAAGUACUUUUAUCCAUUUUGUUAGAUUUUGCCUGCCUUUUGGAGGGAAGGAGGGAGGCGAUAUUCUGGAUUAUAAAAAUGAAUUGGGAACAUUAUCACAAUUCUAGACUUUCUAUUAAUAUUUAUGUGUUUUAAUAAAUGUUUGAAAUUAUUUAUGACUACUUAAAAUGAAUCUGACCAGUGCUUCUUGUAUAUGUAAUAUGUGGAGUUAGCCCCUGAAAUUUGCUUUAAGUGUUUCAGUGUUGAAUCUGUUUCUAAAUAUUCAUUAUUACAUGGUGCACAAGUGACACUCCAUAUAUUCCACACAGACUUUUACCUUGCUGUAUUAUUAUGAAAACAAUACAUUAAUCUGAUUUUUCAGUAAUUAGUAAUUUUAGGUUGAAAAUUAUCCAAAAGAAACAAGUUUAUCACAAGGGACCAUCAUCAAUAUGAUCCAAAUCUGGUUCAAACAUUCAAAACUUCAAAGAGAAUUCAUCUUUUGCUAAUGCUUGUGGUUCUGUUGUUCCCUUGAAAAAAUAAAAAUAAAAAUUAGUUGCCUUCUAA